AUGUUUGAGUAUAGUCGAAGGUGCACAUUUGACGAUCAUGUUAAAGAUUCAAGGAUGGAGAAUGGGAAAGACAAGUUUCUCAGCAUUUGCGAAUGUAUAACACUAAAGGUGCUUAGCAACUCAAAUCUACACCUUGUGUCUGUGGAUUUACCAGUUGCAAAUACACUCGAAGAUGCAACUGGCCUGCGAUUAAGAUUCGGCAGCAAAAUCUUGAGCAGUGAGAUCCCUCUUUUGAUUACCAUCACAGUCCAAGGCAAAUGCACCGAAGUUCUGAAUUUGACAGUCAAGAUCAAUUGCGAAGAAACGGUUUUUGGUCUGAACCUGUUGAACAGGAUAGCUAAUUUCAUGGUUGAGCCGUCUUCUUUAACCAGUUGAUCAGCGAAAUAGAGAAUUUUUUUUAUUUAUAUGGUUCAAAAAUACGUAAACAUGUGUAUCCUACUAAACCCUGUUUUGUAACAUUUUUUUUUUGCUUAUACAUUUCUGUAUAAUUUUAUUAUAAAUACAAUGAGAUUUCAUAAACAUGCUCUUACUAAGUUAAAGAUUCUCUACAACCAACAAAUCAUGAUACAUUAUGAAGAUUAAAUAAUAUUUUUUUCAAACUUAUGAAUAGCUUAAUGAUGUUGACACUAAAGAUAAAACAGUAACAUAGAAUCAGCAAAACAGUAAGGAACGAAACUAAUCAAACUGGCUGUGCUUCCAUCCUCCAAAUACUUCUCCAUCCAUUGCCCUGUCUUGC